UCCGGGUAAUGCCUCAUUUUAAUGGCGUAUAUGCUGGAUUAAAGGAGGAACGAAAGCGAUUCAAGUCUUCAUCUUUUUUUUAUCAUGCCAAUGAUUUUAUGUGUGACUACAAAACAAAACAUAUCCUUAUCUGUGAAGCGGUUCAGUAAAUAUAUACUAAAUCCUGUUUCGUGAGCUGUCACCAUCACUUGAUGACAAUGGGGAGUCAGUACCAGCGCUCGGUACCACUGGAGGUGAGGAGAGCAGAGGGGGAGCGGGUUCGGUCCAAGCAUCCUGACAAGAUACCGAUCAUUGUGGAGAAGGCCCAGAGGUCAAGAGCUCCUGAACUGGAUAAAAAGAAAUACUUGGUGCCCUCAGAUUUAACAGUGGGCCAGUUGUGCUUCCUGAUUCGUCAGCGUGUUUCCUUGAGACCCGAGGAGGCGCUCUUCUUCUUUGUCAACAACUCUCUGCCUCCCUCUAGCUCGCCUCUCUCUGCUGUCUAUGAGGAGCACCACGAAGAAGACCUGUUCCUCUACAUGACCUACAGCAACGAGAGCGUCUAUGGCGCCUGAAGUUUCGCACCUCAAAUCGGCUGUGACGGCGACAACGAGAAAGUUGAGGGGAGGCGGGGGGAGUGGAGUGUUCUUUUUCCUAAAGCUUUCACUCCUUUAUUAUUAUUAUUCUAACAUAUUCGUCUAAGGGAUAAAUGCUGAAGGGUGCGGUUUCACUUAUUAUGUUUUGGUUUUUGUUUUUGGAAAACAGAGAAAAAAAAAAAGGAACUGUGAUGGAAAACGGAAGUUGUCUUAUGAUCUUCAAGAGCGCUCCCCUCAUCUUUCUCAUAUUAAGUAUUUAAUGAUUUUUGGUUUUGUAAU